CCAGUUAAGCGAAAAUGGCAUAAUUUUCUGAACUAACGGCGUUCUGUAUGUGUGAAUAAUUUCUUUAUAAAAGAAAAUCGCAAGCGAUCCUACGUGAAGAACAGGCGUUUGGAAGUACAGCAUUCAUUCUGUACUGUUGCGUCGCGUUGAACGCGUGCAGUGUAGCGCGUAUUGUGUACAACAUGGUGUGUUUCUGGCUCUAGUGGGCGCAAACUCACACAGUCACUGACGAGAGAGGAGAGGAGGGAGGGUGUGAGAAAGAAAGAAGUGAAGCCAGAGAGCUCAACACAGCCAGCAUGGCGAGCCAAAGGGACUUCACGCACAGAAAAACAUGGAUUAAUGUCCUUCUGCGACUCCUACAGCUAUUAUUGCCAUAUAUUCAACACGGAGGAGCUCAGUUUCAAGUUCUGACUCAGAGGUCCAGCGUGGUGGAAGUUUGGCAGGCAGAGGACGCAGACUUCUUCAUGCCAUCGCAGGCAGAGGAGCAGCAUGGUAAAGAAAAUGUUCCUCGAGAGGAAAGCUCCUCGUUUUACAUGCAGGAGAGUGGGAGACAGCUCCUGUUUCGGCCGCCAGCGCUGGAAUUUGGCCCACAGCCGGUGGGGCUGCCAAGAGCUGAAACAGUAUAUAUCCACAAUCCCAGCCAGGAGCUCCCUGUCUCUCUGCUUUCUGUGUUUACAUCCAGCAGACAUUUUCACAUGCCUGCCUUCCACAGAAGGGUGAUUCCACCCAGAGGAAGAACAUCUUUAAAAAUCAUUUUCCUUCCCACAGUGGAGGGCAAUGAAGAAAUCUCAUUAUUUAUUAACACAUCAACCCAUGGGGUUAUAUCAUACCAGGUUUUUGGGGUUGGCAUCCAUGAUGGAUCUGUCAAAGAAGUUCACAAAAAAGACAGCAUUUUAAUAUUUCCCCACAUACAAAGCAUUAAGCUAACACAAACUCAGGAAGAUGCUUCUAAUAUAACCAUUUUAGGUCUGCUGCUCGACUGCAGUUUACCAAAAAUGUUUUACAAUCAGCUCCAGGGUUGGUGUUUAGUAUCAGAGGAGGGCAGAAUUGUACUUCAGAUCAGUCUAUCUGAAAGAGGGGAAAAGACGACCCACCUAGAUAAACUCAAGCCGUACGUGCUGGAGAAUUUUAUGGUGCUGCUUGUCCUCCCACCGCCAGAAGAUGCUGUCUCAGAUCCCAGAAUAAGAGUCUACAUGUUGAACUCAGGGGUUAAAAAGCUCUUUGUUAAGGAAUUUCAGCUCUUGUCAAGAACAGACAGCAGUGUAGCACUAAAUGAAGUGCUGCUCACGCCUUCGGCUGCUAACUUUACACAAGUAGCAUCGCUCUUCUGUAGAAGGUCUUUGUCAACUAAAAAUAAAAAAUGCUCCAGUCAAUUCAGCCUGCAGAUAUUAGGAAACAGAUCAUUGAAUGUGUAUCCGCUGUUGGGUGCCACACAAAGAUGGUUGGACUCUGAGCUGAGUUAUUUGGUUCAGUUGAGACAGAAACAAAGAGGCUCAGAACACGUGGAGCUCUGGCUGUCCAACCCUCUUCCCAUCACCUUCACAGUCACUAACAUCUCCCUGUCCCAACACAAGCACAAACUCUUCAAGAUUGUUAAUUUGACAAACUCCCUGGAUGUGAAAUCUGGUUGCUGGAAGAUUCUGUCUCUUCAGUUAAUCAACAAAUCUUUACCCAUUAACCUCAAGACCACAAUUACCCUGACAACAAGUGUGGGGCUUCCACUAGAGCUUCACCUCCAGACAUUUCCUACUGCUUCAGAGGGAGAUGUUAUGUUUGAAUCAACCCAGGAGUGUGAACAGAUCUGUCCUCUGCAUAUGUCCAGAGCAGGACGUGCAGAGUGGCAGCAAUCUCUUCUACCAGAGUCCUUUUCUUCUCUCUGGCGGGUGGACAGCAGCCUGGCCUCUGCGCUGUGUAGCCGAUGGCAUUGUAGCAAAGAGCUCUCCUGCAGGUGGCCUAGACUUCCUGCAGACCACUCUUCACAUUUAGACUUUGAGGCCACACCUGUCAAUGACAGUAAGGUUAAAAAUUUCACUCUAAAAAACCCAACGGGUUCAGUUGUCUCUGUGGAGAUCAGAACUCUCGCUUCAUACCCAGUUCCACUUGAAGCCCUCGACUUGUUGACCAAAUGGUUUAAUAUUAGCCCACUGGCUGUCAAUAUCACUACAACCGAAUUUUCCCUGUUGGCUGCUAACCAUAAGGAGGGUGAGAGAGGCAGCGUGCUGAGGUUCCUCCUUCAACCAUGGGAGUCGAGAACAGUUUUUGUGGCUUUUCAACCCACAGAACACAAGCCUGUUACCUCACUACUCCUCAUUAGGAACAACCUGACAGUGUUCGACAUGGUUUUGGUUAAAGGGUUUGGGGCCAAAGAGCUUUUGAGGGUGGGAGGAAAACUACCCGGCCCUACCGCCUCACUGCGUUUCAAUGUGCCCCAGUCCACCCUCAUGGAGUGCAGGGAUGGUUUGCGGUCGAGUAGGCCCAUGUUUGCCAUCCAGAAAAGUUUUAAAGUGGAGAAUGCUGGCGAGUUGCCGUUGACUGUCGUAGCCAUGAACGUUAAUGGUUAUAAGUGUCAGGGUUACGGCUUUGAGGUGCAGCACUGCAGAUCCUUCAGGCUGGACUACAACUCCUCCUCAGAAAUCACUAUUACAUUUACUCCAGACUUCACGUCUUCAUGGGUGAUUAGAGAUCUGACUCUUAUUACAGAACGUGGCUCCUCCUUCCACUUCACACUCAAUGUGACUCUGCCUCACCACAUGCUGCCCCUGUGUGCACAGGUGGUACCAGGUCCCAGCUGGGAAGAGUCCUUCUGGGUCAUCACACUGGUCUUUACCUGUUUCUCUUUAGCCGGUGUGUGUCUGAUGGCUUUUCAUCAAGCUCAGCACAUUCUGAGCGAUUUCUUCACAGCCACUCCCCGUAGCAAUCACAACUCUGUACCUCGUGAAAAUAGCAGCGUCAACCACAGCACCUCAAAUGGUGUCAGUAGGGGAAAAGGCAGUUGUAAGAACUACACAGAUACGUGCCACCCAUCUGACAAAGGCAAGGGGCGGGGCUCUCCAGCAGUGGUCAAUGGAGCGAUUCGGCCCCAGUCAUCAUCCAAGAAAAGUUCUGGGGGAUCGUCUCAGCCUCAGAAAAGGCAAACAAAAGUGUCAUUGCUCUACGGUAGAUACAAAAACAGCCCUUCAGCAACCCCCAGUGCCCCUGCUGCCGACGAAGAGAGAGAUCAUACCUUCGAGUUGGAUCCGGAGGUUUGCAAUAACAACAAUAAUAACAAUGACAUGUUAGAUGAAACCCUGCUUCCUCGUGAUAAGAAAGAGCACUUUAGAGAACCCAGGGAGGAGGACACAUUGUCAGCUGAUAUGUUUCCUAUGGAAACACUUCAAUUACAUGAAAAUGUCGCAGCGGAUAAAGUCCCUCAUCCAGCCGGUGAAUUGACGGAGAGAGAUGUGUGCAAAAGAAAAAUCUAUGUAGAAAAAAGGGAUAAGGCAGAAGAAGAGAAGAUAGAAAGAUGCAGCAGUCAGAAAAAAAGGCCAGAAAAAGAUGCAGAACUCGGAGUCUCUGCCAGCAACAACAAAGGGAAGAAAAACACAGGAAGAAGUCGCAAGAAGCCUGCUGAACACGUUCCUGAGCUUCCUGAAAACAGCAUCAGCAUGGUUACGGAGAGUGAGAGAGAACCUCCACGCAAUGUAGCUAGAAAUCGUAUCUCAAAACCAGAACAACCCAAAAUCGGACCCAACCCAGAAAGCCCUCCCAAAUACAGUGGCAUGUGUUCUGGCAGAGCCAGGCGUAAGUGUCCAGAGCGACGUCUGCAGUGGGAGUCUGGCUCUGAUUCAAGCAGUUCAUCAGGCAGUGUAAGAGCCAGCCGAGGGUCCUGGGGCAGCUGGAGCAGUGCAAGCAGCAUAGAAGGAGAGAAGGAUCUGAACCGACAUGCUGCCAGAAAGAGAGACACCAUCCAAUACAACUCAUACCCAACAGAGAACAUGAAUUAUACCUGCAAAACACAAAGCAUGAACAAUCUAUAUGUCAGAGAACCAUACCAAAGCCCAGAGGUCUGUCCUGCCCCUCCACUCACUCAAAGCUUUGCUGAUGUAGCCGCAGGUGUGGACAAGAAUUAUGACAUUAUUAGGUCUAAUGUGAUGGAGGAGACAUGGUCGGCCCCCUCAGUUCCUUUAACCAAUGAAUUCAGAUACAACAUGACUGAAUCCCUCCCGUUUGUCCCUCAGAGUGCCCCAUCUGGAUAUAAUGGCUUUCCUUGGAACAACAUGAACAUGGGCCAGUGCUCCAGUCAGUAUCCCUAUAGUGAUCAGACAAACUACAUGCCGCCAGGUAACGGCAACUACCAAAAUGCAUUCCCAUGCCAUGAAAGCCAAACCAUGACCCAGAGCCAUCAGCCAAUCUGGAGUGAUAAUGUAGCCCAGGAUGUGAACUCUACUUGGGACACUGGCAGUUGUGUGGGCAGCAAGCCAUACUUUUCAGGAACCAGAAGUCUCUCACCCAUGUCCAGUCUAUUCGGCUCUAUCUGGACACCACAAAGUGAACCUUACCAGAGUCACUUUCACCAAGAACGUUCAGCACCUGUCUCACCCCACUCACCAGUGUCACCUGUCGCGCCCUUCAAUCGUGAGCCCGGCGGUGCCUGCCAAGGCAAACAGUACUCCAGCUUCAAUCCCUUUGGACCUCACAUGAAUUUGGCCAUAUGGAACUCCUCUUCAAACCGUAGCUCCAACUCUCAGCUCUCCAAUGAUUCGGGCUACUGUGGAGAUAUGUGAGGAAACCGAGCGAAAGUGGUGCUUUUGAAAAUUUGAGGAAAACAAAAGAAUGUGCUUUUAUCUCUGUUGGGGAAAAUGUGAAUAUUCUUUUUUAUGUUUGUUGAUGUGGUAAGGUUCAGCAUUUUGUUGUAUAUUUUUCUAGAUGUUUUGCAGGUUUGACCAUUGAAAAUAAAAAAAAGUUUUUGUAUUUGA